AUGGAGACUGUGACCGAAGGUUUGCGGUCUCACGUGGUUCUCAAACACACGGACGACCACUAUGUCUGUCCCAUUGACGGCUGUGAGCGCCGGUAUGGAGAUCAUAAUGAUUUGAAAUAUCAUAUGAGGACUCAUUCGAGUGAACCGGCCUUUCCAUGCCGUCGUGAUGGUUGUCCUGAAGUGUUUCGUUCUGAGCAUUACCUUAAGAAGCAUCGGGUGUCUGUCCAUAAAGACAGACCAAAGGUUAAGAGUCAAAGACCUACUAUGGCGUGUGAGUGGCCCGGCUGUGAUUACAAAGCCAAUAAACAGCUUCUACAGGUGCACAGGGAUUUGCAUACUGGUGCCAAACCGUAUGUAUGCGAAUGGCCUAAUUGUGGUAAACGAUUCCGAUUACAGAGUAAUCUGAAGGACCACAAGAAUGUACACAAUAACCUCAAGCCGUAUGAGUGUCAGUGGCCGGGCUGUCAAUACAAGUGUAAUAAUAGCGGGAAUCUCAUUAAACACGUCAAACAUAUGCAUCACUAA